GAUUGGAACAUCACAUGGUACACCAGCAACCCCGACUUCACCAAGUGCUUUCAGAACACCGUGCUCGUGUGGGUGCCUUGUCUCUACCUCUGGGCCUGUUUCUCCUUCUACUUCCUCUAUCUUUCCCACCAUGACCGGGGCUACAUUCAGAUGACACAUCUCAACAAAGCCAAAACUGCCUUGGGAUUUCUGCUGUGGAUCGUCUGCUGGGCAGACCUCUUCUACUCUUUCUGGGAAAGAAGUCAGGGCAUCUUUCUGGCCCCAGUGUUUCUGGUCAGCCCAACUCUCUUGGGCAUCACCAUGCUGCUUGCCACCCUCUUAAUUCAGCUUGAGAGGAGGAAGGGGGUCCAGUCCUCAGGGAUCAUGCUCACUUUCUGGCUUGUUGCCCUCCUGUGUGCCCUCGCUAUCUUGAGGUCCAAAAUCAUGACUGCCUUACGGGAGGAUGCCCAGGUCGACCUGUUCCGUGACAUCACUUUCUACGUCUACUUUUCACUCGUGCUGGCUCAGCUCGUGUUGUCCUGUUUCUCAGACCGUGCACCCCUGUUCUCCGAAACCAUCAAUGACCCCAAUCCCUGCCCGGAAUCCGGCGCCUCCUUCCUGUCCAAGAUCACCUUCUGGUGGAUCACGGGGUUGAUGAUUCGGGGCUACCGCCAGCCCCUGGAGAGCAGUGACCUCUGGUCCCUAAACAAGGAGGACACGUCGGAACAAGUCGUGCCAGUUCUGGUAAAGAACUGGAAGAAGGAGUGUGCCAAGUCAAGGAAGCAGCCGAGAAAGAUCGUGUAUACCUCCAAGGAACCUGCCAAGCCCAAGGGGGGCUCCAAGGUAGAUGUGAACGAGGAGGCGGAGGCCUUGAUUAUCAAGUCCCCACAGAAGGAGCGAGACCCCUCACUGUUCAAGGUGUUAUACAAGACUUUUGGACCCUACUUCCUCAUGAGCUUUCUGUUCAAGGCCCUGCACGACUUGAUGAUGUUUGCCGGCCCGGAGAUCUUAAAGUUGCUCAUCAACUUCAUGAACGACACGAAGGCCCCAGACUGGCAGGGCUACUUCUACACGGCGCUGCUGUUCGUCAGCGCCUGUCUGCAGACGCUCGUGCUGCACCAGUACUUUCAUAUCUGCUUUGUCAGUGGCAUGCGCAUCAAGACCGCCGUCAUUGGGGCUGUUUACCGGAAGGCCCUGGUGAUCACCAACUCGGCCAGAAAAUCCUCCACGGUCGGGGAGAUCGUCAACCUCAUGUCUGUGGACGCCCAGAGGUUCAUGGACCUGGCCACGUACAUUAACAUGAUCUGGUCAGCCCCUCUGCAAGUCAUCCUUGCUGUCUACCUCCUGUGGCUGAACCUGGGCCCUUCCAUCCUGGCUGGGGUGGCUGUGAUGGUCCUCAUGGUGCCCCUUAAUGCUGUGAUGGCGAUGAAGACCAAGACCUACCAGGUAGCCCACAUGAAGAGCAAGGACAGUCGGAUCAAGCUGAUGAACGAGAUCCUCAACGGGAUCAAGGUGCUCAAGCUGUAUGCCUGGGAGCUGGCGUUCAAGGACAAGGUGCUGGAUGUCCGGCAGGAGGAGCUGAAGGUGCUGAAGAAGUCUGCCUACCUGGGUGCCGUGGGGACCUUCACCUGGGUCUGCACGCCUUUCCUGGUGGCCCUGUGUACGUUUGCCGUCUACGUGACUGUCGAGAAGCACAGCAUCCUGGAUGCCCAGAAAGCCUUCGUGUCCUUAGCCUUGUUCAACAUCCUCCGCUUCCCCCUGAAUAUCCUUCCCAUGGUCAUCAGCAGCAUCGUGCAGGCAAGUGUCUCCCUCAAACGACUCCGGAUCUUCCUCUCCCACGAGGAGCUAGAGCCCGACAGCAUCGAGCGGCGGCCUCUCAAAGACGGUGGGGGGACAAACAGCAUCACCGUGAAGAACGCCACAUUCACCUGGGCCAGGAGCGACCCGCCCACGCUGAAUGGCAUCACCUUCUCGGUUCCAGAAGGUUCCUUGGUGGCCGUGGUGGGUCAGGUGGGCUGUGGAAAGUCGUCUCUGCUCUCUGCCCUCUUGGCCGAGAUGGACAAGGUAGAGGGGUGCGUGACUCUCAAGGGCUCAGUGGCCUACGUGCCCCAGCAGGCCUGGAUCCAGAACGAUUCUCUCCGAGAAAAUAUUCUCUUUGGACGCCCACUGCAGGAACAGUAUUACAAGGCUGUGGUAGAGGCUUGUGCCCUCCUCCCAGACCUUGAAAUCCUGCCCACCGGAGACCGGACAGAGAUAGGCGAGAAGGGCGUGAACCUGUCUGGGGGCCAGAAGCAGCGUGUGAGCCUGGCGCGGGCCGUGUACUGCAACUCCGAUAUUUACCUCUUCGAUGAUCCCUUGUCAGCGGUAGAUGCCCACGUGGGAAAACACAUCUUUGAAAAUGUGGUUGGCCCUAAGGGGAUGCUGAAGAACAAGACACGCCUCCUGGUCACACACAGCAUCAGCUACCUGCCGCAGGUGGACGUCAUCAUCGUCAUGAGUGGUGGCAAGAUCUCUGAGAUGGGCUCCUACCAGGAGCUGCUGGCCCGCGACGGGGCCUUCGCUGAGUUCCUGCGCACGUACACCAGCACCGAGCAAGAUCAGGCCUCAGACGGGGACGGGUUGGCGGGUCUUGGAGGUCCCGGGAAGGAGGCAAAGCAGUUGGAGAACGGCAUGCUGGUGACAGACUCUGCGGGCAAGCAACUGCAGAGGCAGCUCAGCGGCUCCUCCUCGUAUAGUGGGGACGGUGGCAGGCACCACAGCAGCACGGCCGAGCUGCAGAAAGCUGGGGCCAAGCCAGAGGAGACCUGGAAGCUUAUGGAGGCGGACAAGGCUCAGACAGGGCAGGUCAAGCUCUCUGUGUACUGGGACUACAUGAAGGCCAUCGGGCUGUUCAUCUCCUUCCUGAGCCUCUUCCUCUUCUUGUGCAACCACGUGGCUGCCCUGGCCUCCAACUAUUGGCUCAGUCUCUGGACCGAUGACCCCGUUGUCAACGGGACCCAGGAGCACACCAAACUCCGGCUAAGCGUCUACGGAACCCUGGGCAUUUCUCAAGGUGUCGCCGUGUUUGGCUACUCCAUGGCAGUGUCCAUUGGGGGCAUCUUCGCCUCCCGCCGCCUGCACCUGGACCUGCUGCACAACGUCCUGCGGUCGCCCAUGGCCUUCUUCGAGCGGACGCCCAGUGGGAACCUGGUGAACCGCUUCUCCAAGGAGCUGGACACGGUGGACUCCAUGAUCCCACAGGUCAUCAAGAUGUUCAUGGGCUCCCUGUUCAACGUCGUGGGUGCUUGCAUCAUCAUCCUGCUGGCCACGCCCAUUGCCGCCGUCAUCAUCCCGCCCCUGGGCCUGGUCUACUUCUUCGUCCAGAGGUUCUAUGUGGCGUCCUCGCGGCAGCUGAAGCGCCUGGAGUCGGUGAGCCGCUCCCCAGUGUACUCCCACUUCAGCGAGACCCUGCUGGGGGUCAGCGUCAUCCGCGCCUUCGAGGAGCAGGAGCGCUUCAUCCGCCAGAGUGACCGGAAGGUGGACGAGAACCAGAAGGCUUACUACCCCAGCAUCGUGGCCAACAGGUGGCUGGCCGUGCGGCUGGAGUAUGUGGGCAACUGCAUCGUCCUGUUUGCUGCCCUGUUCACUGUGAUCUCUCGUCACAGCCUCAGUGCUGGCUUGGUGGGCCUCUCGGUGUCCUACUCAUUGCAGGUCACCACAUACUUGAACUGGCUGGUCCGGAUGUCCUCUGAGAUGGAGACCAACAUUGUGGCCGUGGAGAGGCUCAAGGAGUAUUCAGAAACCGAGAAGGAGGCUUCCUGGCACAUCCCGGAGACAGCGCCACCCAGCACCUGGCCGCAGGUGGGCCGCGUGGAGUUCCGGAACUACUGCCUGCGCUACCGGGACGACCUGGACCUGGUGCUCAGGCACAUCAAUGUCACCAUCGACGGGGGAGAGAAGGUCGGCAUCGUGGGGCGGACAGGAGCUGGGAAGUCCUCCCUGACCCUGGGUCUGUUUCGGAUCACCGAAUCUUCUGAAGGAGAGAUCAUCAUCGAUGGCAUCAACAUCGCCAAGAUUGGGCUACACAACCUCCGCUUCAAAAUCACCAUCAUCCCACAGGACCCUGUGCUGUUCUCGGGUUCCCUCCGCAUGAACCUGGAUCCAUUCAGCCAGUACUCAGAUGAGGAGGUCUGCCAGCCACAAAGCCACACUCGUGUCCAGCAGCGCAGCAGUGGUCAGUGCUCCCAUACCAGGACAGUCAGCAGGCAGCCCCGCUGCUCUCAGCUGGGCUCUGCAUGCGUCUGGGGUCGGCUGGCACCCAGGCCUGAGUGGAGGGUCAGGGGUGGUCUGACCUUCUGUCUCUUGGUCUUUGUCCUCCUGCCCAGUGUUGGGCAGCGUCAGCUCGUGUGUCUGGCCCGGGCCCUGCUGAGGAAGACCAAGAUCCUCGUGCUGGAUGAGGCCACAGCGGCCGUGGACCUGGAGACAGAUGACCUCAUCCAGUCUACCAUCCGGACGCAGUUUGACGACUGCACUGUGCUGACCAUCGCCCACCGGCUCAACACCAUCAUGGACUACACAAGGGUGAUCGUCCUAGACAAAGGAGAAAUCCGAGAGUGUGGGUCCCCCUCCGAACUCCUGCAGCAGAGAGGUCUCUUCUACAGCAUGGCCAAAGAUGCUGGCUUGGCACUCAGUUGCUGGGAACCGACACCCCAGUGCUGCCUCCACCAGUGCUUGCGCCAGAGGUCUGAGGCGGCCUGUGCACCCCCGCUCCUGUCCUCCUCGAAGGACUUGGUUGCACUGACAGAUGACCCCGACCUGGAACUCCAGAGCCAGGGAUGGUCGACGGGGCUGACUGCAGCUGGGCUCCCCAUCCCCACCAUCCAGCCUUCCUUUCCUUCCUGCCUCUUUUCUUUGCUCCUCUCGGUUCACACAACAGGGAAAGGGAAGGUGGAUGACUGGCACCCCCUCUUUAUCUCAGACCUGGAGCGACACAGGCAGUCCCACUUGCAGCCCAUGGGCCCAGGAGAGUCACAUGACCCCAGCCAAGCCAUAGAGGAAGGGUUCACGUGUAACCUGCUUGAUGAAGAGGUGGCAUCGGCCCCCCUCCAGCUAGCUGCUGCGGCACCGGGGAAGGAAGUUUUGUUGUGCCUCUAUUCUGUGUCGGCCCUGGGCUCAGCCUUUGCAAAGCUCUUCUCAUGGGAAGGGUCCCCCCAGGCUGGAGAGGAGUGA